GUAACUGAAAAGUUCUUUUUCCUUCACUAAUUUCUUCAAAUGAAGUUUAAUGACUACAGCAACUCAAAUAUGGUGAUCCUAUUCAUAUUAGCGUUGGCCCUUCUUGCCAUAAUUCCAAUCUAUGUGCACAAAACUUCACCCUCUCUCUCGCGGUCUUCGGAUAUCGAUAUCAACGUUUCAAUGCCACUGCAUCGAGAGGCCGACAGAUCCGACAUCCCCUUGCGCUUCCCCGCGAAAAACUCCGGUACUUCGACGAGAACAAAAUGUAACUUGUUUGAGGGAAAUUGGGUGCCUAAUUUGGACAUGCCGUAUUACACGAACGAGACUAAAUGCGUGAUUGACAAUAGACAAAAUUGCAUGAAAUUCGGAAGGCCGGAUAGCGAUUACAUGAAGUGGAGGUGGAAACCUACUGGGUGCGAGCUACCUCUGUUUGACGCAGCCAAGUUCUUGGAGCAUGUUAGAGGGAAGUCCAUGGCCUUCGUUGGGGACUCAGUUGCAAGGAACCAAAUGCAGUCGCUGAUUUGCCUAUUGACUAGUGUAAGACGUCCCCUGGAUGUAUCACACAUGAUGGAAGAACCAGCUGAACACUAUUUCUACUCUGAGUAUAAUUUCACAUUAGCCCUUAUAUGGUCCACUCAUUUGGUUGGAGCCAACUUAGCGCCCAAUCCUUACAACAAGAGCCCUGCAAACCUCACACUGGACCUACCCGAAUCGUCCUGGUGGCCCGAAAUCGAGGGGUACGAUUUCGUCAUCGUCUCGUCCGGACACUGGUUUUUGAAGCCGUUGCGGUUCUACGAAAAGGGAAAGUUUGUUGGGUGUCACAUUUGCCGAAAAGAACACGCCACGGAACUAAAUGUGUACUACGCUUAUAGAAUGGCUUUUCGCACCGUGUUCAGAAUGCUUUUAACCCUGCCUAAAUUUAAGGGCACGGUAUUUAUGAGGACGGUCACGGGGUCCCACGUGGAUCACGGAGGGGGUAGUUGGACCGAGGACGGAGAUUGCACGUGGACGAGGCCGUUCAGGAGGGAGGAAGCGAGGACGGAUGAGGUUAUUUCGGAGAUGUACUCGAUCCAAGUGGAGGAGUUUCGGGCUGCGGAGAGGGAAGGGAGGAAAAAAGGGUUGAAGUUUGGGCUGCUCGAUAUCAGCGAGGCGAUGUCGUUGAGGCCCGAUGGGCACCCGAACCGGUACGGGCAUUGGCCGCAUGAGAAGAUCCGGAGGCCCGACUGUCUCCACUGGUGCUUGCCCGGGCCGAUUGAUAUCUGGAAUGAAAUCUUGCUUCAUAUGAUGAUGAAUUAAUAUCAGGGUAUGGGAAGUCUAAAUGUGUCUCGGGAAGAUUAGGCGGUGUGUUUUCUCGAUUUAGGUUGACAAUAGUGAGUUUCCUAUUUUUAAUUUUUUUUUGUGCUCCCGAGCUUAG